UCGCGCGUCUCCGGGGCCGAAAAAAGGCAGGCGCGACGCGAGCGAAGCCGGGCUCCGAUUCCGCGAAGGCUCUUGUUUACCCGUCCGUCCGUCCGUCCGUCCGUCCGUCCGUGACGCGUCAGCAGAGGCGGCCGGAUGAUUUAGACGUGCUUAGAUGUCGGGAGUUUAAAUCGUAGCGAUCUUGGAAUCUUCAAACUGUCAAGCUUGUCGAUCCUGGCAAGAAUGAUACUGGUGAUUAUUCGCAAAUGAAUAUUCCAUGAGCCAAGGAUUGAAGAUAUGCUUUUUGUUAUCGUAAAAAGGCUUGAUGAAUGAACAAAAGUAUAAGGAAUGGUAUUCUAUUGGAUCCAGCUGGAUGUCAGAUAAGCUGAAAAAUGUCUGGUGAUUCAGGAUGGAACGCCGUUAUUCACCAUCCCUCGGAUUUAGAACUACAGAAUUGGAAUUGGGAGGAAAACGAUGGGGAGCAAGAGAAAGAGCUCCCCUCGACCGUUGAUAUGGAUGCCAUAAAGGGUGGUGGUAGUUGGGAUCCUACUACUGAACCUAAUGGAACAGACUCGGUCGAUUCCGAAGAAGACUCCGAUUCCGACGACGAAAGUUCUGGUGGAAGCGAAGGCAGUUGCUCUUAUUCAGAUUCUAAUUCAGAGUCAGACGACGAAAGUAGCGGCGACGAAGAGGAGGAUAGUGAAUCUAAUUCGGACUGUUCCUCCGAACACAGUGAACAAACGUUUUCCAUUCAAGAAACCAACUUUGAACAAGGAGCGUUGAAAUUAAAAAUCACCAUGAAGGGCCCGAAAAAGGAGGAGUCCGAGAAAAUUAAGUGUGAAAAAAACAAGAGAAAUGUUACAAAGAAACUUAAAACCAAUCACGGGAAUAAGUCCUCAGAAUGUAGUAGCGAAGAUUCGGACUCGUCUGCGGGACACGUGGCGUCGCAACAAACGCAGCAGCAACAGUCCCAGCAGCAUCAGCACCACCACCACUCAUCGCUGCAAGAAAUCAAUCAGGAAGACCUGACCGCGAUCUUGCCCUCCCAGGAGCAGGAGGACGCGCCGUUCGACGGCUUCGAGGACUCCGAGAGCGGCCGAUUGGUGUCGAAAGCGAUUGAACGCAUGUCGCUCGGCGCGGACUCGGAUACGAGCGAGAACGGCGAUCAGAAUCCCGUGCCUGUGUACAGUUCUACCUUGUUGCAGCAGUUUGUCGAGAAGACCGCCAUGCUAUCCGAGGAACCGCGCAAGAGGCGCGGCAAGUGCAGCGCUAAAAAAGCGAGCAAUGACAACGAGUACCCAUGCGUGUCGAACGUGUCGCCCGAUUCUGGCAUUCAGUCGGUCGACAACAGUCCCUUACACCUGGCGGUCAGUCCUGUCAGUCCUCCAGCGCCGACUCAAUCGCCGAUUCAACCGCCAGUCACCACUAAACCGGCGGUAAACGUCGACCGGGUACUGUACCCUCCGAAACGGAAGCCUGGCAGGCCAGCGAAGGCGGUAUCCGCCCAACCGCGUGGACCUGGCAGGCCACGUCUAAGGCCGGAGAUCGUUGAAAAGAUCCAGAAGAUCGAAAAGGCGGAGAAGGAAAAAAAUGAGUCUUUGAAGACUAGCAAAAAUUCGGAUUCUCGAUCAGCGGAAAAGAAGCAAGGAGCUACGAAGGAGUCGACUCUGAAGAACACCAAGGAAGAUGCAUCUUCGGCCAGAAAACGGGCUAAUGCAAAGCCGAUCGCGUCCAGGGACGCGAAGGAGGAUGUUUCCCCCGCGAGCAAAAGAACGAAAGGUAAGCAACCGACGUUGUAUCAGAAGAAACGUUACGGUAAUCCGGUGAAGCAGGAGAGAGCCAUAGUCAAGAAGACUACGACGAGUUCCCCGAUGAGAGUAAAGUGCCUAAGCAGGUCUACCGCGAGCAAACUCGUGCCCCAAUGCGAUGGCAGGAGUUGUCGGAAGGUCAGACAGGAUAGAACGUGCGUGCCUAACAAGACUACAGUUCCACUGACGCGACAGAAGACGUGCGAGCAUCAGGCCUCCAAAGAUCCAAAGAGCACCGGUAAGAGAACGGGCUCCAAGGAGAACAGGAAUAACGCCGCGACCGUUGUACCUAAGAAACAGAGUCUGGUGAAGAAGGUCGCGCCACCCGUUGGCAGGCGGGUCCUGAAGGAGAACAAAUGCAACAAGAAGACAACCGUCAAUCACGAGACUAAUGGCGUGGGGGUGCAAACCCUAAUCUCAUUACCGGUCGGUGACAUAUUGAAGGCUGAAAUAAUGAAGCACGUGUCUAGCAAAUGCGACAAAACGGCGCAACCGACCCAGCACAAUCAUUGCCACAAGCGGCAUCAUCACAAGCAUCAUAGGAAACUGCUGACGCCGCCGGAGAAGCCUAUACGUAUCAUCGAUUCGUGCAUCCUUCACGAGCUGGAGAAGCUGAUCGAUGAGUUUGCGAGGUCCUGCAGCUUGGGCAGGAACAACGCUACCGCCAAUCAUUCCGAGCUACCGCAGAUCUUCCGCGUGAAGAAGGUCACGAAGAAGAGGAAAGGUGGCGACGUCAACACGAAUGAUGAUCAGAAACUGAAACGACGUCUAAAGAAGGAGAAAGUAUUGGCGAACGCUGAUUCCAAGAGCAGCGCGAACACCAGCACGAGCUCCAAUCCCAACGAGCAGCGGCUGCCGCUGAAGAAACGCCACUAUCACGUAUCCAGCCCGCAUAGUUCGCAGAGUUCGAACGCCAGCUGCGCGGAUGUAAACGCAAAUGAGUCCAAUUCCACAGAGAGUCAUAUAGAGGAGGCGAUCGAAGCCACUAUUACGAGAUACGGCGGUGGCGGCAGCUCAACGUCCUCCAUUCACGAGGAAGAAGCCACGCCAGUGACACCCAAGAAGAGACCCAGGGACGCUGAGAACGCGGUGUCUGAGAAGCAGGCAGCCGACGAGGACAAGUCCAUCGUUCAGCUGGAGGUUCAACCGCGUCGGAAGAAGAAAAUCGUCAAGGAUCUUCGCGUUACCGUCACGAAACUACCGUCCGAGGGUCACGGCAUCCUCGACAAGGCAGUGGAAAAGGGUUCCAAGGUUGCUACAGAAAAGUCUAGCAAACUGGAGAAGGUAGUAGUGGCGGAGAAAUCGAUCAAGGCCGAUAAGACCCAAUCGGAGGACAAAUUGGACAUCGAACGGAUGGAGAAGAGCAUUAAGGUCGACUCGGAGACCCAUGUAUCCGCAACGUUCGACGAUAGUGACGCUGUAACGGAGAGCAAAGCGCAGAUUGGGGGUUCAAGCGUGCCAAAUCUCAUGAACAACACCGCGGCGAUGAUCCUCACGAAGAAGAAGAUGCGAAGAAGGAAGGCCAUCAAUCGCACCGGCUUCCCCACUCUGAAGAAGAAGAAGAAGAAGGUCGUCGUUGACUCUUCCGGGGUGGCUAAGUCGACAGCAUCGGUGGGCGCCAACGAGACACGCAAGGAUCAAGAUGUAUCCGAGGAUAUGGAGGACAAUAAGAAAGUAUCUCUGAUAGAAAAGGAAAGUAGUGUUCUUGAAAACAAUGAUAAUAGGAAGAAUGUCGUUAGAGAUGACGUGAAGAACCUGGACAAUUCUAGUCUGGUGCAAGAGACGUCGAGUCGAAGUGGCUCGGAUGAGGUGACCGAGUCUUGCCCCGGUCAGCUGCGAGUUCGCAAGGAUCUCGUGGAGUCUGAUAGCAGCGUGUUGUCCGAGAAGCUGUAUCCGAGUCCGAUUAAGUAUGAGAAGAUACCUGAUUGCCGCAUCUACGACGAGAACGCGUCGCUGGAGGAAUCCCUCGAGCGUUAUAAUCAGAGCCAACGUAUCGCGGAGCUAAACGAGGAGAACCUGAGGAAGUUGGAACGCGCCAACGCUCAGGCGGCGGCGAAUGUCAAGAUGGAGUUGUCUGGCUGCUUCAACAACAAUCAUAAAAGAAGAAGAGGCUCGACCAGUCCUUCUAAUCUAUACAGUAGGAGCUCGAAGAGGCUGAGAAGCGCUGGCUACGACACGGAAAGUGAGGCACCACCCAGCAGCGACGUGGCUAGCGAGGAUCAGGAGAUUGGGAGGAAGCCCUCUGGUCUUUCCGCACACAACCGGAAGAAACAGUCGAGAUGGAAGAAACGAUACUUGCAGGCUAACAACAUAUUCUCCGAGUACAAGAAGGAUCUUGAGUCUAAGAAGCUCCCUGAUGCUGAUGCCAAGAGAAAGAUUAUCGUCUGCCCCACUGGCGAGCAUUAUACAGCUGCUGAGCAACUACCAAGCAUUAUACCGACCGGAAAACUGUUGCGACAGAAGAAGACAGCGCUUCAACUGCAGUAUAAUCUAUUGUGGCUGCAUGCUCAGUCGAGGCUACCUGGUCGGGAUUUGGUACCAUCGUGGAACUACAAAAAAAUUCGGACCAACAUUUAUUACGAUGUUAAGCCGACUACUCUCUAUGAGGCGCAAGCGUGUGAAUGCAAACCGGAGAGCGGCUGCGGAGACGAUUGUAUUAAUCGCAUGGUAUUCAGCGAGUGUUCACCACAACUGUGUCCUUCUGGUGAAAAGUGCGAGAAUCAAAAGAUUCAAAAACACGAGUGGUCGCCGGGAUUGCAGAAAUUUAUGACAGAGGACAAGGGAUGGGGAGUAAGGACUCAGCAAUCCAUCAAAUCUGGAGACUUUAUCCUCGAAUACGUGGGCGAGGUCGUAUCGGAAAGGGAAUUUAAGUCGAGAAUGGCGACCAGGUACGCCAACGACACACAUCAUUAUUGCUUGCACCUGGACGGUGGCCUGGUGAUCGACGGUCAUCGCAUGGGUGGUGACGGGAGGUUUGUGAAUCAUUCGUGCGAGCCCAAUUGCGAGAUGCAGAAGUGGAGCGUUCUCGGGCUACCGCGUAUGGCGCUAUUCGCAUCGAGAGACAUCAAGCCGGGGGAGGAAUUGACGUAUGAUUACAAUUUCGCGCUUUUCAAUCCAUCGGAAGGCCAACAAUGUAGAUGCGGCAGUAGUGCCUGUAGAGGUGUCAUAGGUGGAAAAAGUCAAAGGGUGGCUAGAAGCGUCCCAUCUCUACCCUCCUCUCAAGUGGAAUCUACCGAAAGAAGAUCGGUGGGCAGACCGCGAAAGAACAUUCGAAAGUCGAAUGCGGUGCAAUCAGUCAACUCCAAGAACAUCUGCAAAUCUCGCAAGGUUGGGGACCCGACGUUAACGCACAAUACGCCGCAGCUGAAACCAAUGUCCUACCAGCAGCGAUGCUUCGCGCGCGAACAUCACUGCUUCCUGCUGAGGAACCUGGAGAAAGUACGACGACUCAAGUCGGCAUCGGUGCAGCAUGUUCAGGUGCAGAACGGAAAAACCAAGAUUGGUAACGCGAGCAUCGCGAAGGAGAAGAGCUCCGGAGACUCGAAGGCGCAGUCUGACGCAUUUUUCUCGCAGUUGACUGCGUUGACAAACACUAACGCGCGAACUGUGCGAACGCGAAGGCUUGCACAGGCUCAAGACGACCCGGAGGUUCACAAGACUGCAAAACUAGCCAAGGUAUUGAAAGACUUGUACACAAUCGUUGCAACGGCGAAUGACGAGAAUGGUCAGCUACUAUGCACACCGUUCAUGAACUUACCCCCCAAGAGAAAAUUGUCCGAUUACUAUGAAAAGAUAACAGAACCCAUUGACCUGAGCACGAUAGAUCAAUGCAUUGGCACUGGCCAUUACAAGACCGCGGAGCACUUUGAUCACGACAUGAUAAGGCUCUUUGACAACAACGUGAGGUUCUUUGGUAGAACAUCCGAGAUAGGAAUCGCUGCAGCGAGACUCAGGAAGCUGUAUCUGAGCAGUAAACCCGACUUUGUGGACGCUAUAACGGAGGCGACGGGUUCUCCGCCGUCUCAGAGCUUCUUGCCGCCUCGUGGUUCCACAGCCGGAGAGGAAGAUGUCAUCAGGUGCAUCUGCGGAUUACACAGGGAUGAAGGCUUGAUGAUUCAGUGCGAGCGUUGUCUCGUUUGGCAGCAUUGCGACUGCGUCAAAGCUGAUACGAGCGUCGAGUCUUACCUGUGCGAGAGAUGCCAACCGCGCCAAGUUGACCUGGAAAUACCAUUAGAGGGUGAGGAGGAGGAAGAAGGCAAAAAGCACUACGUGACAUUAUUGCGGGGCGAUUUGCAGCUUCGACAGGGCGAUACGGUGUAUGUUUUAAGGGACACUCCUGACAAACAUACGUACAAAACUAUACAAAAGCCCGACUACGAGCAGAUGGACAUUUUCCGAAUCGAACGUCUGUGGAAGAAUCGCGAGGGCGAGAGGUUUGUGUUUGGACAUCACUAUCUUAGACCUCACGAAACGUACCACGAGCCAACGCGCAAAUUCUACGUCAAUGAAGUCGUGUGCGCACCAUUGUACGAAGCUGUACCUUGCGAUCUCGUGGCCGAGCGAUGCUGGGUGCUGGAUCCACAUACUUUUUGUAAAGGGCGCCCAGUCGGCUCGACUCCUCAACAUACAUAUGUCUGCGAGUAUCGUGUGGAUCGCGCAGCGCGGCUCUUCACGAAGGUGGCUAGAGCCAGGCAUGCUGUAUGCACGAAACCUUACGCAUUUGAAACCUUCCCGCAACGUAUAAAGCAUUAUCGCACCUACCUGCCUCAUAGUCUGGAUGGAAUCAAAAUGUCCAAGGACAAGAAGAAGAGUAACAAUCAAGAGGUAGACGGGAAUCAAAAGUUAGAAUCCAGCGAUAACGUUAAAAUGCACAAUAAGGAACACAAGUGCGGUAACAGAACAAGACGAAGAUCAGGCGAAAUCCUGACAGUCGCACCGCCUAUAACAUCAUACGCUCAGAGGGAAGAACAGAGGAAGAGAUUGAAUAGCAUUCUGUUGAAUCUACUACAGAGGAUGCCGAAUAAGAAGGACCCGUUAGAUCUGUCAUUCCUUCUAGAGAGGAACAGGCGAAACCGGAAAAGACCCGGCGGACUUAAUCCGUGACAGUGGGUAAUAUCACAACGAUAAUAUCGUACUGUACAUAUAAAUUAUGACUUGUAGAAUUACGCUACAAAUCUCAGUCAGCUGAUAGACUAGAUGGAUUCAAUCGUUCUAAACUUGACGCUAUACAUGUUAUAUAUACCGUGUAUAUCAAGAUAACAAUGUACAUUUAUCCUCCUCGUUCUUCGCAUCCCUCCCCUCAACGAAGAGAACGUGAAGGAAUAAUCUUCGUACAGCCCGUCCAUUGAUGUAAUUUAUAUCGAUAUCUGUAAUCAGGAAUAAUGUUUAUUUAAGCGAGACGAUUAUCGAUAUUUAUAUAUUUAA